CUUAUCGUUUACUUGGCCAUGGCCUUGAAAGUUGGAAUAUUGGUGCAGGCAUCGGUGGGCUCAGUGCCGCUAUUGCACUUCGACGAAUGGGAGCCCAAGUUGAGAUCUUCGAGAGAUCCAACUUCAAGGAUGAGAUAGGUGCUGCUAUAACCAUCACUCCAAAUGGAAUGCGCGUCCUUCGUCAUUUCGGCUUUGAUCCCAAGACAGCUCGCGGUGUACAGAAUAAGCAAAUGCGCAUGGUAGAUCCGCAUACACUAAAUGAUCUGGUCAUCGAAAACUUCAGUCAGGUUGAAGACGACUAUGGCGCGCCCUUCAUGUUCUUUCAUCGUGUGGAUCUUCAUACUGCACUGAAGGAAAUGGCUUUAUCGACUGAUGAGCGAUAUCCGGGUUCGCCGGUUGUAAUUCACAAUGGCCAUUCUGUGACCAACCUUGACUGUGAGAGCGGGACGAUUAUUUUGGACAACGGGGAGACUUUUGAGAAAGACCUUGUUGUAGUGGCCGACGGAGUUCGAACCAGGUUCAUCAACGAGAUUACACAAAAAGACAUGCCUCUCGAAGACAUCGGCUCCUCUUUCUACCGCUGUCUGAUCCCCUUCUCCGAAAUAAACAAAAACCCCGACCUCGCAGCCAUUUUUAAAGACCAAGAUCCAGGAUUCUGGGUCCCCUUCGAACUAUCAACCGGGACAUUCCUUGUUAUAUAUCCCUGCCGAGAUGGGAAAAUGCUCAACGUUGCGUUUCGACACAAGACAAAGGCGAAGAAUGAGCAUACAGUCGAUUGGAACACUGAUACCAACGUGCAAGAUAUCAUUUCCAUGAUAGGGAGGUUCAAUCCUCUGGUGGCCAAGUUGUUUAGUUUGUCGACGAGUGUUUCUGUUCAUAAGUUAUUUCGGAGGGAGCUUCUUGAGACGUACACUCGGGAGAGGGCUGUCAUAAUUGGUGAUGCUGCACAUCCCAUCCAGCCAACGCACGCACAAGGUGCAGUUCUCGCGAUCGAGGAAGCAGCAGCACUACAAGUUCUCUUCAAAGACGUGCAAAACCCAGAACAAGUCCCGGAGCGUCUGGGCUUACACAAUGACAUUUUGAAGCGCUGCAUUCAUGUAACGCAGCUACUGUCGGAUGCUCAACCCGGGAUAUCUAGUGUGCUGCGGAAGCGAGCUGAGGAUAUCUGGGGAGAGGAGAUCUUUCCUCCAGAGGCGAUGAACUUCACCAAGCCGAUCAGAGGCUUUUUCUACGCGUGGGACGUCAUGAACGAGGCAGAGAGUGUUUUGGCUCGUGCAGCAUAUUGAAUGAUUAUUUUUUUCUACUUAAAUACUAC